GGCAGUCCCUGCUCAGUCUUCAGAGCCCCCUAUGGUGAUAGAACCCUCUCUGACCCAGCAGAUGGCCCCAUCUUUGCCUCCAGAGUUCCCUCAGUAGGUGGAACCAUCUCUAACUCAGCAAGAGGCUCCAGCUCAGAUUCCAGAGCCCCCUAUGGAGGCAGAACCUUCUCCGACCCAGCAGGAGGCCACAGUUCAGGCUCCAGAGCCCCCUAAGGAGGUAGAAUCUUCAAGCCAGCAGAUGGUCCCAGCUCAGCUUCCAGAACCACCUAAGGAGGUUGCAGCUCAACCUCCAGCUCAUUAUGAGGUGACAGUUCCAACACCAGGUCAGGAUCAAGCUCAGCAUUGGACAUUGCCCAGUGUCACAGUUCAACCUUUGGACCUGGGACUUACCAUUACUCCAGAACCCACUAAGGAUGUUGAACAUUCUACAGCCCUGAAGAAGGCUAUAGUUCCUCCAAAGCACCCUAAGGUGACACUUCCACAUCCAGACCAGGUUCAGAUUCAGCAUUUACACCUGACUCAAGCCACAGUUCAACCUGUGGACCUGGGGCUUACCAUCACUCCAGAAUCCACUACGGAGGUUGAACUUUCUCCAACCAUGCAGCAGACCCCAACUCAGCCUCCUAAGAAAGUUGUACCCCAACUUCCAGUAUAUCAAGAGGUAACAAUUCCAACACCAGGUCAGGAUCAAGCUCAGCAUCAAAUAUCACCCAGUGUCAUAGUUCAACCUGUGGACCUGGGACUUACCGUCACUCCAGAACCCACUAUGGAGGUUGAACAUUCUACACCCCUGAAGAAGACUAUAGUUCUGCCAAAGCACCCUAAGGUGACACUUCCACAUCCAGACCAGGUUCAGACUCAGCAUUCACACCUGACUCAAGCCACAGUUCAACCUUUGGACCUGGGACUUACCAUCACUCCAGAAUCCACGACAGAGGCUGAACCUUCUACAGCCCUGACUACAACUCCUCCUCCAAAACACUCUGAGGUGACACUUGCACCUUCAGACAAGGGUCAGGCUUAGCAUUCAAACGUCCCUCAAGUCACAGUUCAACCUCUGGACCUGGAGCUUACCAUAACUACAGAACUUACUACAGGGGUUAAACCAUCUCCAACCAUGGAGGAGACAUCAACUCAGCCUCCAGACCUGGGACCCAUCACUCCAGAACCCACUACAGAGACUGGACAUUCUACAGCCCUGGAGAAGACUGCAGCUCCUCUUCCAGACCAGGUUCAGACUCUGCAUCCAAGCCUGACUGAAGUCACAGGUCCACCUACUGAACUAGAACCUGCUCAGGAUUCAUUGGUGCAGUCUGAAAGUUACACCCAAAAUAAGGCUUUAACUGCACCAGAGGAACAGAAGGCCUCCACAAGCACCAACAUAUGUAAGCUCUGUACCUGCAGAUAUGAGACGCUGUCUUGUAUUGAUCUCAGUCCAAAGCAGAGGUUCCGCCAAGUGCCUGUGCCACAGCCCAACACCCACAAUGGCACCUUCCCCAUCUUAAGUUACCAAGGAAACUAUAUUUCCUACGUUGAUGGAAAUGUAUGGAAAGCAUACAGUUGGACCAAGAAACUAGAUUUAUCCUGCAAUAAAAUACAGUCUAUUGAAAGGCAUACAUUUGAACCCCUACCAUUUUUGCAGUUUAUAAAUCUUGGUUGCAAUUUACUAACAGAACUGAGCUUUGGAACAUUUCAGGCCUGGCACGGAAUGCAGUUUUUACACAAGUUAAUUCUCAAUCACAAUCCUCUGACAGCUGUUGAAGAUCCGUAUCUCUUGGAACUGCCGGCAUUAAUAUAUCUAUACAUGGGAACAAUACAAGUCCCACUUACAACAAUUAAGAACAUUCUCAGGAUGACUGUUGAAUUGGAAAAACUGAUCUUACCUAGCCAUAUGGCCUGCUGCCUCUGCCAAUUUAAAAAUAGCAUUGAGGCUGUCUGCAAGACAGUCAAGCUGCAUUGCAACAGUGCGUGUCUGACAAACACCACACAUUGUCGUGAAGAAGCAUCUGUAGGGAAUCCAGAAAGAGUGUUCAUGAAGGUGUUACAAGCCCGGAAGAAGCACAUGAGCAUUGAGCUGACUACUGAGCCGGAGGCAGCCUCAGACAGCAGUGGCAUCAACUUGUCAGUCUUUGGGAGUGAGCAGCUAGACACUUAUGAUAAGAGUGAUGUUAUCACUGCGCUAAGUUACAUCUUGCCUUAUUUCUCAGAAGGAAAUCUAGAUGCGGAAUCAAUGUUGUUACCAUUCAUUAAACUGCUUUUUUCAAAUGUGCAAGAUGGAGAUACUCCUGUUUUGAAAAACAAUACAAAGAGCCCCUUGUUUCAACCUGCAUCCAACAAUUCAACUUAUGAAAAUAAAUUGAGAAAGGUGUAUUUGCUAGAAAAGAUGUUAGAUGCAGAAAUACAAGAAAAAAUCGAUGAAGUUAAAAGGGAAGAAAAAACUGCCAUGCUUAUGCAGUCCAGCCUUCUAGGUAACAAAUUUAAAUGCCAAAUAUUUGAAAAGAAAUUAGAAACUGUCCAACCACAGGAAAACAGCCUGGCAAAGGUUCAAAGUGUAGGCAAAAACCUGCAGAGAGUGAACAGAGUGCUCAUGGGCCCAAGGAGCAUCCAGAAAAGGCCCUUCAAAGAGGUGGGAAAGCAGAGUAUCAGGAGGGAACAGGGUGCCCAGGCAUUUGGGGAGAAUGCUGCCAAGGAAAAAAGGCUCGGGAGUCCAGCCCCAAGGGAGCUGGAAUAGCCUCACAUAGUGCAGGGGCCCGAGAACGUAGCGGGAAACGCCAUCUACACCAAGCCUUCAUUCACCCAAGAGCAGAAGCCAACAGUCUCCUCUUUGCUGAAACCCUUCUCCAUGGGCAUGCCUUCUGCCUCCACAACUGCAAAAGCCCUACCUCAGGUCAGAGAGAGAUCGAAAGACUUAGCCUACACCAUUUUAAUUUUAGAAAAUGCAAAGGCUAAAGUUAAAAAUAUGAAGGCUGCUAAACGAGCCGUACAUUCCAGAAAAAAAUACCACUUUCAUAAAACUCACUCCCGUGUGGCCCACAGAACACCCAAGGCCAAAAAGAUUAAAAAAUUGAGAAAGAAAAGUUCUCUCAAUAGACUGAUGCUCGCAAAGAGGCCGCCAUUCUCUGCAGUGAAGAGCCUCAUAAAUUCCCCUUCACAAGGGGCUUUUUCAUCCUCAGGAGACCUGAGUCCUCAAGAAAACCCUUUUCCGGAAGUAUCUGCUCCUUCAGAACGUUUUAUAGAAAACACUACUGUAAAAAACACAACUGCAAGAAAUGCCUCUGAAGAAAACGUUUUUACGGAAAACACUACUAUGCCAGAAGGCACCAUCUCUGAAAACACAAACUACAAUCAUCUUCCUGAGGCAGAUUCCACUAGGACUGCAUUCAACUUAGAGCCAACUGUUAAACAAACUGAGACAAAAUGGGAAUACAGCAACGUGGGCACUGACCUGUCCCCCGAGCCCAAAAGCUUCAAUUACCCAUUGCUCUCAUCCCCAGGUGAUCAGUUUGAAAUUCCACUAACCCAUCAACUACAGUCCGUCAUCCCCAACAACGAUGUGAGAAGCUUCAUUUCUCAUGUUAUCUGGACCUUGAAGACGGACUGCUCCGAGACCUAUGUGCAAGUGACCUGUGCCAAGCUCAUCUCCAGGACAGGCCUCCUGAUGAAGCUUCUCAGUGAGCAGCAGGAAAUAAAGGCGUCCAAGGCAGAAUGGGAUACGGACCAGUGGAAAACUAAGAACUGUAUCAAUGAGAGCACGGAAGCCCAGAGUGAACAGAAAGAGCAGAAGUCGAGUGAGCUCACGAAAGAAGUUCCAGGAUAUGGCUAUAACAACAAACUCAUCUUGGCGAUAUCUGUGACUGUAAUAUUAACGAUUUUGAUUAUAAUUUUUUGUCUUAUUGAGAUUCAUUCUCAUAGAAGGGCAUCAGAAAAAGAUAAAGAAGGAUCCUCAAUGUCAGGCCGCUGAGCCCAAGCUAAGCCAUCGUUAACCCCUGUGAUCUGCAGGUAUUCGUCCAGGUGGCCUGGAGCAACUGAAGAACCACCAAAAAAAUGAAACAGCCAGUUCCUGCCUUCACUAAUGACAUUCCACCAUGGUGAUUUGUUCCUGCCCCACCCCAACUAAUCAACUGGCCUUAUGACAUUCCUCCCCUGGACAAUGAGUCUCAUGAUCUCCCCACCCUGCACCUUCUGACCCCUGCCCUGUCUGCAAGAGAUAACUACCAUUAACUGUAAUUUUCCACCACCUACCCAAAUCCUAUAAAGCUGCCCCACCCCAUCUCCCUUUGCUGACUCUCUUUGUGGACUCAGUCCACUUGCA